GUUUUGCUUCAGCUUCAACAUUUCAUUAAUAUUCCAACAUGUCCACAGACCCAAGAGAUUCGACUCGAGAAACUAAGCUGUCUCUGCCGAAAACGUGGCGUGCAGAGUCUGCUGACACUAUUGGUUCAAUGGGCAUGUUCCUCGCUGGCUUAGUGUUAGUUUCUAGAAAUCGGUACCUAGCAUGGCCAGUAGUCCUCAUCGCGCUCAGCAGCUUCAUGAACCAGCACCCUAUUCGGACAAAGGAGGGUGGGAGUACGCCUUGGACGGCUCUAAUGACUGCGACGUUUGCGUUAAUGGUGUCGCACGCUGCCAUGUUCACGUUCACGGACCCUAUGACUGGCGCGAUCAAGUUUUCUUCGCCGUGAUUAUCGUGCUAUAUCUAUAUCUAUAUAUCUUUAGGUUGUGAUGGAUAAGAUGUGGACCUAAUUCAAUAGCGCACUGAUGGACGGAUUUGAGAUCCGGCUGUAGCUGGUUCUGACCUUCUGGAAUGUUUGUUUCUGAUUCGGCUUUUGGUACCCCGUUAUCAUUCUGAAUACUAAAAUAUGGCCUUACUAGACCUUA